CAGGUGGCAUGGAAUCUAAUAAGAGGUCCUACACCUGGCAUAUUUUUAAUUUUGUUAAAGUGAUUAUGUGUCAUUUUACACUUUGCCAUUUCAAAUUCCCCCUUAGAAAAUUAGGGUUCUGAACAUAGAUGAAGAUGACCUCAGGGAAGACGAAGAUGAAGACGAAGAUGAAGAUGACCGCAGUGAAGACGAAUAUGAAGAUGAAGACGACCGCAGUGAAGACGAAGAUGAAGACAACCUCAGCGAAUACGAAGAAGCGAUCCAGCUCAGUGAAGACGAGCUCAGUGAAGUGUCCAAAGUCCGAGGAUUCACAACACUUUAGUGUUACACUCCACCAUGGGGGUGAAUUUUACAGGGUUUCUGAAGAAGAAAUUAUAUACAGAGGGGGUAUGGAUACGACAGUUAAUGGGAUACAUGUUUCAAAUUGGAACAUGGAUAACAUUGAGAAGUUGUUGAGUAGGUUAGGGUAUAAGGCUGAUUGUGUUAGGGUAUGGACAAAAGUUUUAGAAAUUCAAGAUGGUUUUUUUCUGAUUAGGAAAGAUGAUGAUGCUGUUGAUGAUGUUGCUCUAUACUUAAGUGUUAUGAAUGUGAAAGGAGAUUUGUAUGUUGAACAUAGUACUGGGAACAUGGACCCUGCUGAUAGGGAACCUAAAUGUGUGAAUGAUGAUGACCACCCCCCUGAUAAUGGAAUUGUUCGGUUAGAUGAGGAGAAGGUAGAGGGGUUAGAUGACAGUGAAGAUGAAAGAGCUACUGCUUACUUUGAUGGUUUUGAAGGAAUAGACGUUACUAAGCCUAUUAGGGAGGAGUUUGAUGGUUUUGAAGGAAUAGAUGUUACUAAGCCUAUUAGGGAGGAGUUUGAUGGUUUUGAAGGAAUAGAUGUUACUAAGCCUAUUAGGGAGGAGCCCAAUAACAGUAAGGAGGAGCCCAUUAACAGUAAGGAGGAGCCCAAUAACAGUAAGGAGGAGCCCAAUAACAGUAUGGAUUCAGAUGAUGUAUACUAUAGUGAUGAGUUGAAUAGUUCUGACCCAGAUGAUUCUUGUGAUGAAGAAAGGCCCAAGUAUGCUAGGUUUAGGAAAGAGCAUCUAAACAAAGACUUUAUAUUCAAGUGGGGUAUGGAAUUCAACACACUUGAUGACUUUAGGGCAGCUAUCCGUGAGUGGUCAGUGCUUAAUGGGAGGGAAAUUUCUUUUGUGAAAAAUGAGGGAGAUAGGGUAAGGGUGGUGUGUAAGCAUAAAUGUGGGUUUUUAGUCUUAUGCUCUAAGGUGGGCCACAAGGAGACUUUUGCUAUAAAAACACUUGUACAUAAGCACACAUGUGCUAGGGUUUUGAACAACAAGUCUGCUAGCUCAAAGUGGGUGGCCAAGCAUGUGGUAAAGAGGAUGCAAACUUCUGAUACAGUCAGGAUAAGAGACAUCAUCCAAGAUAUGAGGCAAACAUAUUCUGUGGGUAUUACUGUUGCAAAAGCAUGGAGGGCUAAGCUAAUUGCCAAGAAGAUAAUUGAAGGUGAUGCUGACAAUCAGUAUGCUUCCAUAUGGAGGUAUGCAGAAGAACUAAGAAGGGUAAACCAUGGCAACACUGUGAAGAUAAAUGUAGAAAGACCUAGUCCAUCCAUACAACCAAGGUUUCGGUCAUUUUAUUUCUGUUUUGAUGGCUGUAAGAAAGGCUUUAUUCAUGGAUGCAGACCAUUUGUGGGGGUUGAUGGAUGUCACUUAAAGACCAAGUAUGGUGGACAGUUACUUAUUGCUGUAGGCAGGGAUGCUAAUGAUCAAUACUUCCCUUUGGCAUUUGGUGUGGUUGAAAAUGAAACCAAGGAGAGUUGGAGAUGGUUUAUACAACUACUAAUGGAGGACAUUGGUCAGGAUAGAAGAUAUGUAUUUAUCUCUGAUCAACAGAAGGGACUUGUGGCUGUAUUUGAAGAAUUGUCUGAUACUAUUGAGCAUAGAUUAUGUCUUAGGCACUUGUAUGCUAAUUUCAAGAAAAGGUUUGGUGGAGGAGCCCUUAUUAGAGAUUUAAUGAUGGGAGCUGCUAAAGCCACAUACUAUCAGGCAUGGGUCCAAAAGAUGAAUGAAUUGAAGAAUGCAGAUCCGAAUGCUUGGACUUGGUUGAUGGCUGUUCCUACCAAAAGCUGGUGUAAGCAUGCCUUUUCUUUUUACCCUAAAUGUGAUACAUUGAUGAAUAAUAUCUCAGAGUCUUUUAAUGCUACCAUUCUAGCUGCUAGGGACAAACCUAUACUCACAAUGUGUGAGUGGAUAAGAAAAUAUCUGAUGAAUAGGUUAUCCACCUCUGCAAGUAAACUAGAAAAUUGGCCACAUAAGGUGAUGCCAAUACCUAGGAGAAGGUUAGAUAAUGAGGUGUUGAAUAGUGGUCAUUGGUUGCCAACAUGGUCAAUUGCUGAGACUUUUCAGGUUACACAUAGUUACAACACACAUGAAUUUAUUGUUGACAUUGCUAAAAGGUCAUGUAGUUGUAAUUUUUGGGAAUUAGUAGGAAUUCCAUGUAGGCAUGCUGUAGCUGCUCUGAGUUAUAGAAAGCAAAACCCUGAUGAAUUUGUUGAUGCUUGUUACACAAGAGAAAAGUUUGCACUAUGUUAUGGAUUUUCAGUAAGUCCAAUCAAUGGUCAAGAUAUGUGGCCAGAAGUUGAGAUGGAACCACCUCUACCACCUGCAUAUAAAAAUGGUCCUGGUAGACCUAAGAAGAUUAGGAUAAGAGAAAGUGGAGAGGAUGGUGCAAGGAAGAGAAGAUCUGGUGUUGCAUAUAAGUGCACCAAAUGUGAUAAUUUUGGUCACAAUGCUAUGACUUGUAAGGCUACCACUCAGGAUCCCAAUGCACUUAAAAGAAAGAGAAAACCUAAAAAAGGACAUGUGCCAACUGCAAAUUCUAUGCCUGCCCCAACUGCAACUGAUAUGCCAACUGCAUCUGAUAUGCCUGCCCCAACUGCAUCUGAUAUGCCUGCCCCAACUGCAACUGAUAUGCCUGUCCCAACUGCAACUGAUAUGCCUGUCCCAACUGCAACUGAUAUGACUGUUCCAACAAAUGUGCCUGUUCCAACUGAUCCACAGCCUCCAACUGAUAUGCCUGUUCCAACUGCAAUGAGUCAAACAGGAUCUAGUGUGGCUGCCUCAAUCACAAAACAAUCCAGAAAAAGGGUUGAAAAAAACCUAUCAUCAAAAGAAGGCAAACUUGUAGUUCUGGACAUGCUUCUUAUGUGUACUAGUGCAGGGCUUGUGCUGUGCAACCAUAGCCACAAUUUCAAUCCCCCUUCAGAGUAUUUUAAAUACAACUGCCCUUCCUUCGAUAUCUAUUAUGACAGAAAGCAGCAUUCCAAUGUUACUAAAGAGAAAGCGCGUAGUUUUUCCUCAUCCUGCUCCCUACUUCAGUUUCCAUCUAAAGACUUGACUGAUACCGAAAACAUCUUAUCAUUUGUAUCUGGUCAGAUGGUUGUUAAAAUAGUAUUAUCUGCUGAUUGUGAAGAGUGCUGCAACCACAAAGGAGGCCAAUGUAGGCCAAUGUAG